AUGGAGAAUCUAGAGCAGACGUGCGCGUCCUUACGCGCUCAAAUCGCUGCCACCGAGGCCCAGCUUGCAGGUCUGAAACGCGAGCUCGAAACGGCCGAGCAAGCAGCCGCCGAAGUCAAGGCUCAAGAUACCUCGACAACAAUCGCUGCCGACGAAAGGAGUGAAAAUGGGACAAGGAAGUGGCCACUGCUCGGCGAGGAAUACAAGCGGUAUGGAAGACAAAUGAUUGUACCCCAACUUGGUUUGCAAGGGCAAUUGAAGCUUCGCUCCGCACGAGUCCUCAUUAUUGGAGCUGGUGGACUGGGGUGUCCUGCAGCGCUGUACCUUGCUGGAGCAGGUGUGGGAACUUUGGGCCUGGUCGACGGAGACACUGUCGAAAGCUCGAACCUGCACCGGCAGGUUCUGCAUAGGAGCAAGAAUGUUGGAAAGUUCAAAGUGGAUAGCGCGAUCGAAUAUUUGCGAGAAGCACACCUCACGCCUCAAGAAGCUCCGGAUAUCUUCAAGAAUUACGAUCUCAUUCUUGAUUGCACGGAUAAUCCCGCGACGCGGUAUUUGAUCUCGGACACAGCUGUGCUGCUCGGGAAGCCCUUGGUCUCUGCUUCCGCAUUACGGACGGAAGGACAGCUCAUGGUGUUGAACUACCCUCCUCGGCCGGUGGGAGACAAGAGCGGAGGACCGUGCUAUCGAUGCGUGUUUCCGAAACCGCCACCGGCGAACAGCGUUGUCAGCUGUGCUGACGGCGGGAUCCUCGGCCCAGUUGUAGGCACAAUGGGGGUUCUUCAAGCACUUGAGGCAAUCAAGGUUAUUACCUCUCCAGCUGCGAAUUCGAUCGCGUCACCCCCAUCUCUGCUUAUAUUCUCCGCAUACUCGACCCCCCCAUUUCGAACCAUCAGGCUCCGCGCUCGUCGUGCGAAUUGUGCAGUGUGCUCUGCGGAUGCCAGCGUGACACUAGAGACGCUCAAAUCAGGAUCUACCGAUUAUGUCUUUUUCUGUGGCGUUGCAGGCCUGGAAGCGACUCUUUCGCCGGCGGAACGUAUUUCGCCCCUUGACUUCAGAAAGAAACAUCCCAAGGAAGUGUUGCAAGACGGAGACAGCAUAAGCAAGGAGCCCACGAUCAUUGAUGUGAGAGAGAAGGUGCAAUUCGACAUUUGUAAUUUGGAAAACAGCAUCAACAUCCCCAUCUCGACCAUUUUGUCGUCAGCGGCAAGUCCUACGACGAACGCAGACGCCAAUGCCCAACCUUCGCUACCGUCCUGGCUUCCAGCAGACGUAGUCUCCACUGAUUCGACGGACCCUAUAUAUGUUGUGUGUCGUCUUGGAAAUGACUCGCAGAUCGCAGUUCGGAGGUUGAAAGAGUUGGGGCUCGAUCUGGGCGGACAGAGAUACAUCGGUGAUAUACAUGGAGGGUUUCGCGCUUGGCGUGAACAGAUUGAUCCUGACUGGCCAGAAUACUGA